UAGCUUAAAUUCUCAUUAAGAUAUGUACACAGGAUUGAGAAAAAAAUUCAGAAAAAAUUGUCCAUAAUGCUAACAAGCAAAACACUUCUGGGAGGGAGGGAGGAAGGGAGGGAGGAAAGCAAGAGAGAACCUCAAAUCAACCAUCCUGACCUCCACAGAUAAGAAUCAGGUUGCUUAAAGAAGAACUUGCAUUUUAAAAUACGAGCUUGAAAAAAACCCAUCUUUCUUAACCAGUUACUCUUCCAGAAUUAUAUGGUUUAAAAUAUCUUAAGAAAAUUAGAUUUAUCUAGCAUCAAAAGCUUUUACUUUUUUCCUGUCCUGAGACAAUUUUGGUUUUGAUGUUUAUUGGAUUUUUGACCCAUCUUGUUUUAGCUCCUUGUGAAUCCCAACCUUUUGGAUAACUCUGCCAGAUACAACUUUCUUCCCAGGCUGAACUGACCGGGAUACACAACAUGCACAACAGCACUGCCGGAACUCUGCAUGUGGCUGCAGUGUGUAAUGAGACUCGGCCCGCCCAGUCACCGAGCUCUGAGUUUUCCCUGGGCGUGUUGGUGCUGCUGGCUUUCCUCAUGGUGUUGCUAUGUCUGGUCACCAUCCUUGGAAACAUCCUGGUCAUCCUUGCUUUCAUCCUGGACAGAAACCUCAGGCAUCGGAGUAACUAUUUCUUUCUCAAUCUUGCUGUUUCUGACUUUGCAGUGGGUGUUUUCUGUAUGCCUUUGUACAUCCCUUAUGCCCUGACAGGGACGUGGCACUUGGGACAAGGCCUGUGCAAGGUCUGGCUUGUUAUGGACUAUCUCGUGUGCACAGCUUCAGUGUUUAGCAUCGUCCUUAUCAGCUACGACCGUUUCCUGUCAGUUACAAAAGCUAUAUCUUACAGAGCCCAGCAGGGAAUAACCUCCAACCCUGCCAUCAAGAUGGUGGCCAUAUGGGUCUUAGCCUUUCUCCUCUAUUGCCCAGCAAUCCUCUUUUGGGAGCACAUGGCCGGACACAGCGCAGUAGCGGCAGAUCAGUGCUACGCCGAGUUCUUUGACAACUGGUACUUCCUCCUGUGUGCAUCCACCCUGGAGUUCUUUGUCCCACUGCUCCUGGUGAUCUACUUCAAUAUGCACAUCUUCCACAGCAUCCAGAGGCGCCAGAGGCAAGGCAGUGUGCAGGACUGUGAACCUCCAAGGAGCAGCAGCCUGUCCUGGAGAUUUUGCCCUUUGCCAAGGUCAGGGGCAUCUUCUCCUUCCUCGGAAGCAGAGGACAGUGUUUCAUCGCUAACGAGGUCUUGGAGACCAGCAGUGAUGGCUAACUGUCCGUCUAGAACAAAAACCAGUCCUACAGCUCUCAAAAAGAACUUUUCUGUUUCUUUCCAUUCAAGGACUGGGUCAAAACUGCAGCGGGACAAAAAAAUUGCGAAGUCACUUGCCAUAAUUGUCUGUGUGUUUGCCAUUUGCUGGGCCCCAUACUCUUUAUUAAUGAUUGUUCGUGGGGCCUGCCAAGGAAAGUGCAUCCAUAACUCCUUGUAUGAAGCAGCCUUUUGGCUUUUAUGGAUCAAUUCCUCUUUGAACCCAUUUCUUUACCCUCUCUGUCAUAUGAGGUUUCGAAUGGCUUUCAUAAAAAUAUUGUGUCCCAAAAAGUUUGCAACAUUGAGAUCAGGUAACACACCUUCUCUUUAGAGAGUUAAAAUAAAUGUGUUAACAAUUAGGUUCCUCUGUUAUUUAGUGGUAUUUUUUUAUAUGUAUAUUCAGCAUAAACAGAGAAAAAAACCAUUUGUUUACUGCAGCAGAACUAUGUAUUUGCCCUGAUAUUGCUAAUUUUUAGAAUUUUGUUUUUGGUUUUGCUAGAAUGGCACCAGAUUAAUCACCAUCUAGUGCAUUGAAAAGAAUAAAAAAUUUUGCCGGAUGUCCUCUUGGCUUGUGGGUUUGAGGUAGGGUUUUUUUUCCACUUUUUUCCCCCCUUUGUUUAAUGUAUAGUGCUGGCACUGUGAAAGAACUCUUUACAGAUAUCUCUGUAGAAGUUCACUGGAGGGAAAUACCAGCUUUUGUACGUGUUGAAGUAAAAUUUAUGUCCUAUUUGUGAACCUAAAGCUCUCAGAGAAGAAACAGUUCUGCUGCAUUUUUGAAAGGUUAUAUAAAUACUCACAGAAGCAGUAUAAUUUCAUUUUAUAAACUAUUAUGAAUACAAGAUAGUGCCCUGUAGUUAUUAGAAUUCCCACAGUGAGCAAUAUGCAAGGGAGUGGACUGCCUAAUCUACCAUAU